CCCAUCACGCCAUCGGAAUCUCUUGCAGCUGCGCAGACCCUCCAUCACAGGGGCGUCACUAGAGGGGUUUCCGGUGCGAUCUGCGCCGAUUUACUCCAUUUAUUUAUUUCAUUGCUCCACUUCGACAUAAAAAACACGCGAUCUGAUCUUCCUCUGCCUCUUCCAGCACCCAUGCCGAAAUAAAUCUUGUUGAAGGAGCUGAAUCGGCAGAGCUGACCUCCAGUGUGGUGGACGUCUCAAUCACAGACACAGCAGAGGACAGACAGUGGUGACAGUUCUCAUCGUCUUCCUCACUCCCUGCAUCCCUUCAUCACACUUGACAUGGCCGACCCAAGCCUCACGUCACCCUCCGGAACGCCGCUGCGCUCCCCCAGCACCCCCCUCAACCUCUCCUUCCCUUUCCCAAAGGAUGGGAACAGGGUGUGGCCAGAAGGGAGGGAGCCCCCGCUUCCCCGGGACCUGCCCAGCCCGCUGCCGACCAAACGCAACCGCACCUACUCAGCUACGGUCCGUGCUCAGUCUGGUCCAGUUUUUAAGGGCGUAUGUAAGAACUUUUCCAGAUCACAAGGCCAUGGCUUCAUCCAACCGUGUCACGGUGGAGAAGACAUCUUUGUUCACAUCUCAGAUAUUGAAGGGGAGUACGUCCCUGUUGAGGGAGACGAGGUCACAUACAAGGUGUGCCGAGUGCCUCCUAAGAACAUUAAGGUGCAGGCCGUGGAGGUGAAGAUCAUACACCUCAACCCGGGGACCAAACAUGAGACCUGGUCCGGACAGAUCAUCAGCUCGUAGGGACUGAGAUCUGCUCCGGGUCGGAUGGGUGGCGAUGGCAGCGGUGCUCCUGGACUCUUUGCUUUGUUUAAAAAAAAUUAGACAUACAUGUUCCUCUUUAUUUCAUGAAGAGCUGGCAGGUACUUAACGUCACAGUUACAGAUAGCUGCUCCCGCAGUGGCACUGAAUUAUACUAAAGAAAGGCAGUUUUAUUGUGUUAUUUAUGUCUGUUAUUACUGAAUUUAAACUGGGACCAGAAACGCAUCAGAGCUUGAAGUGGGAGAAGCUUUCUGUGUCGGUUUCACCACAGAUGGUGUAAAAAAAAAAAAAAAAAAAAAGCAAAAAGGAAAGAAGAAGAGUAAAUCUGAUGUGGUGCAGACUGCUGUGUGUUUUUAUGCAAGAGGAAACAACGUGUUGUCAGUUUUACUUCCCCUCUUAGCAGCUGAUUCCCUGUCAUCUUCUCCAUCGAGGUGACAUGUUUCUUUCAAAUGUUCAUCACAGGAACUUAUCUUAGUCUGAGCAUGGAAAGGCUAAAAUUAAACUCAGACAACAGCAGAGUCAAAACAAUGUGAUGAAUAUAUAAGUCUUCAAUAAUCAGAGGUUCUAGCCCUGGAAAAAAAGGAAGAUUUAACAUCUCCUUAUAUGAUGGGGUGGUUCAAGUAAGCUUAAAGGUUUUAGAUUGUUAAAAAGAUGAGCUAACAGAUUCAGGGAGUUUUGUUGUGUACUUUAAAGAGAAAUUGUCACAGUUUAAUUUAAAAAUAUUUGGAAUUGUGAGAAUUUUUUUCCUCUACUUCCCAGCUUUAGAGAUUAGCCACUGACUUCCUUUUAAAAGGUAUAGAACAUUUAUAAAACCGUAGAGCUUUGUUUUAUAUAUUUGUAUUUGGACUUUGGUUUAAGAUGAUUAACAAAAAAAAUGUUGCAAGAUAUUAGUUAUAUUAUUGGGAAAAGGUAAGACUUAAUGAAAAAAAUGUGUACACUAAUUCAGCUCAGAUAAAAACAGUUUGAAUAUUUAAGUUUUCAAACCAGAGAUUUUCACAGUAAAAAUGUCUAAAUAGUCCUUUAUCAUUUAUUGAGGAAUAGGAAUCUGUAAAUCAGAUACAUGUUUUAUUACAGUUCCCAACAGAGGGAACAACAUUCAACAUUAUCUGAAAACCAAAAAUGCAGCAAAAAAAACCCUAAAACUUUUUUUUUCUAAAUGCCCUGGCCGCCUCCUAACAGAGUGGCGCUAUGGGUGGUAAGC